CUGAUCCUUCUCAUGUUCUCUCCUAGUGACAAAGGCUGAUCACUAUCUCUUCUUUUUUACCAGAAAUGAAGGAGAAUUUCCUGGUUUUUGUCUUCCUCUAAGUUACAAACAAAUCCCCAACUUCCAUGUUUUUGUUUUUGUUUUGUUUUAAGUGCUAAACAACACAUCUUCUACCUAAACAAGGAAGUUGUAAGAGAGAAAGAAAACAAGAAAGUUUGGUGAGCAAAAGAGAAAGAAAGACAAAAAGGGUUAAAUCUUCAAUAAAAAUCCUACUACUUCUUAUCGUAUUUCUCUCCACUUCAAUGUCAAAUACCACAGGUGAUGGCACUGGCAGCUUCUCUUCUGGGGGUACUGGUGCAGAUGAAGUUCACUUGAACUCAAGUGCUGCUGCUGCUGCUGCUAACAGCAAUGGCUCCACUAUCACUCAACAACCUCCGCUCAAGAGGAAAAGAAAUCUCCCAGGAAAUCCAGAUCCCAGUGCUGAAGUUAUUGCUCUAUCACCAAACACUCUUAUGGCUACAAAUCGAUUUGUAUGUGAGAUUUGCAACAAAGGAUUCCAAAGGGACCAGAAUCUUCAAUUGCAUCGGCGUGGCCAUAAUCUACCAUGGAAGCUAAAGCAAAGAACAACUGCUGAAAUCCGAAAAAGGGUUUAUGUUUGUCCAGAACCUUCAUGUGUCCAUCACAAUCCGGCUCGAGCAUUAGGCGAUCUUACAGGGAUUAAGAAGCAUUUUUGUCGAAAACAUGGAGAAAAGAAGUGGAAAUGCGAUAAAUGCUCAAAGAAAUAUGCAGUGCAGUCGGAUUGGAAAGCUCAUGUAAAGACUUGUGGCACCAAGGAAUACAAAUGUGAUUGUGGCACCAUAUUCUCCAGGAGGGAUAGUUUCAUUACUCAUAGGGCUUUCUGCGAUGCCCUAGCUGAAGAAAAUACCAAAGCAAAUCAAGGAUUGAUGCCCAACAUGGAACCAAACUUACAAGGCCAAGUCUCCAACCUCAUACCCUCCAUGGCCAUCAACAAUAAUCCAAACCAAUCCACCAUGAUGUCUAGUUUUAACCAUCUAGAUGCUAAGAACCCACUGUCAUUACCUCAAGAACUCAUGCCGACACCACCUAAACCCUCAUCGGGAAGCAUGUUUUCAAAUGGCACCACAGGCCUUUUUGGUGGUUCAAGAAGCAUGUCACCAUCCCUUCAGUUGAAUGCAAAUUCAUCAACAAUCUUUGAAGGAAACGGCCUUCAUAAUUUAUCUGGCUCGGCAUCAAUGUCAGCGACAGCAUUGUUGCAAAAAGCAGCUCAGAUGGGUGCGACUGCAAGUAGUAAUAAUGUGAGCCCUCCCAUGAUGCAAAAGAGCUUUGUCACAAGCAUGGCACCCCCAACUUUUGGUACGAUGCAUACCCAAAAUGACCAAUCUCAUGUGAUAGGUGGUGACGAUGGAUAUGCUAACCAGUUUUUCAGUGCGAAUGGUGGGGUUGAGAACUCAGUAUUGAAUGACAUGGGGAUUUUCAGUGCAGUUUUAGAUCAAAACAAUUCAUUAUUUAAGACUAUGGAGCAUGCUAGUAGCAACAAUGAGAAUGUUUUUCAAGGUGCAAAUUCAAAUCCUGGUUUAAGUAGUCCAACAAGUACUGGAGCUAAUCCAAGUGGUUUAUCAAGAUUUAGUACUGGGGAUGUAAUGACUGUUGAUUUCUUGGGGUUGGGAGGAUCUAGACAAAGGAAUCUGCAUCAACAGCAUAAUCAUCAAGAAAUGGAGUUUACUAGAGGAAUUAGUCAUCCAAGAAUGCAAGGGCUGAACCACUUUGAGCAAGCAACAGCACUAAAGAAACCCAUGUGGGAUGUUUGAAAAAGAAUAAACAAAAUUUCUUUUUCUCCUACAGGCUACAUCUAGGUACUACUUGUAAUGAUUUCUAUCUUCACUUCUUUAAUUAGCUCUCUCUCUCUCUCUCUUCAAGUUACUGCUUCAAGCAAGGGAAGAACCUCAAGUGUUUCGCUAAAGAGCAAGCAAAGGUGUUGAGGAUUUUUGGCCCAACAUUAGCAACUUUGAUAUGAGUAGAAGAUCAAAUAGAUUUUCUUUCCAAAA